GUCAGAAGCGUUUUCAACCUUCUUGUGAUUGCUGACGCUUUUACUUUGAAAGUCGUGACAGGAAGUUACGUCGUGCUCGGAACUACGGGGUCUCGCACGUUUUUCCUGAUAGCGAUUGGCGGAGCGAUUGCAGCCAAUAGCAUCAGUUUUCUUUGCGUUUUUUAACUAUUAAUCACACAACUAAUCCACUCGCCGAUCUGGACUUUAAGACAACAAACUCUCCUCGUCUGUUUCACGUCACGCAAUGAACGUGACAGUGACGGAGUGACUUACUGCAGCUAAAAGAAGUUAGCUUAGCCGGCUAGCUCGGUGUGCUAACGCGUGUUUCUGCAGGUCGGAGAGUUUCACCAGCAGGUCUUCACAACUCUUUACAACCCUAAAAACAUGGCUUUUGUGACGGCGCUGCGGAGACUGGCCCACGGGGGGUUACGGGGGUCUUCCUGGAGGACGACGGCGGUGACUCCUGGAGCCUGGCUGGCCGGGCAGAGGAGCUUCAGCACCGGGACGCAGGCUCUGAGGUCGGACAACAAGGUGACGAUCAACUUCAUCAACAGAGACGGGGAGAAGAUCACAGUGAAGGGGUCGCCUGGAGACUCGCUGCUAGAUAUCGUCAUCAAUGAAGACCUGGACUUUGAUGGCUUUGGGGCGUGCGAGGGAACCCUGGCGUGCUCCACCUGUCAUCUAAUCUUCGACGAGGACGUCUACAAGAGUCUGGGGCCGGUCACGGACGAGGAGAUGGACAUGCUAGACUUGGCCUAUGGCUUGACUGACACAUCUCGCCUGGGCUGCCAGAUCUGUCUGACCAAGUCUCUGGAGGGCGUCGUGGCCAGGGUUCCAGAGAGCGUCGCGGACAUCCGACAGAGCAAAGACGGAUCCUCUUAAACCGCGUCCGAGAGCGGUCUAAGUAGACGCUGUGGACGUAAAACUUUGGACGCCGCUCUGCCACAGUCGUCUGGAGAUGUAAGAAUAUGGGAUUUGGACGCACAAACGAAGACAAAAUCAUUUUUAUAGAGUAAAACUGUAACCUAUUGUAAAAUGUUGCCACAUAAUCUAUGAUAUUUUAUCAGAUAAUCCAUCCCAAUUUUAGGUUUGCACAUUUUAAUCACUUUGAAUGACCAUCAGUUUGCUUCAUAUAGUCAUUCUUUUUAACCCUCGCACUGCAACCUAUGUCUAUACCUCUAGUUUGUGUCUGAGAAAAUGUAUUUUCCUUUUCUUGUAAAUAUGACAAGAUUCCCCUCUCUGUGUGUGUAAAUUCAGUCAUAUUCACUAAAAAAGGAAAAGCUACACAGCUGGUUGCAGCCUGUGUCUGAAUUGCAACUAACAGUUCUCGACGCCUUAGAGAUGGUGCUGAUGCCGACCCACACAUAUUUUAAUUUUACUCGUAUGUAUACCCCUACUAUUGUUUGAUUGAUCAGAUCCUCCGUGUAAUUCCAUCAUGUGAUUGUACAUAGCUAGAACACAUACAUAUAUCCAUGCAUAGAGUGAAAAUUUAUGUAAUAAAUAAAUCACCUUUCUAA